GUCGUUAUUAUUUUAAUGUUGCUUUUGAUAUUCUAAAGCUGGUCUCAAUAUAUCUCUUUAUCAAUCCCGAUAUCUCAAUAGGAAGGAGCUGUAUAAGUAAAGUGUGACAGAAGUCAGAGAACAGUUUGAAUCAUGCUGAAAACAGUAGGAGCUCUUCUCUGCCUUGCAAUUGCAGUGCAAUGCAAACCCGAAUACCUUUUCAAGACGUCAGUCUCAGAACAUGCAAUGCACAAGUGUCACACUGGUUACCGCGACCUGUCUCCUAGGUGUCACGAGUACAAAACGAAAAUAUCUGAUUAUUCUAAAUACCCCAAACUGCCUGCAAACUGCUCUGUCAUUGAGUGGGAGUUUGCUAAUGCAACCAACAACUGGGGAAACUGCUUCGAAAUGACCACAGACGAGGAAUUCAGAUACAUCACCUCCAACAAUGUUCCUGAUUUCUACAUGAAUCUCUACUGUCCUAUUGGGCUAGGAUUUGGAUACUGCGUGCAGGCUGAGAUUGAUGCAGGAACUUGCAUGUUCCCAAAUUUGAUCUGUGGAGGCGACAAUGGUCCAGGUUCAUUGAAAUAUGGAGAUGUGUGGACACCAUUUGAAGGUAACUACAAAAUCCCACUCGUAGGUAACCCCACACGAAGCGACCGUCCUGGUGACAUGUAUGACGCAGAGUCAGUAGGGGGAGAGAAAAACAUCGGUCCUUCUACCGGAGUUGCAAUUAAUGGGAUUGGAGUUCAAGGACCCAAUGAUGCAGGAGAUGUAAGCAUAGAUGAAGCAGAUAUUCAGCUAUCCUGCGGCGGUCAUGUUACCCCUCCGCUUGGAAACAUACCACCAGGACCUGAGCCUGGACCAGCAGGACCACCUCUCUACCAUUUCCACAAGUCACCUGAGUGCCUAGAACCAUUCAAAAAUGCUUCAAUAGGAAUAGAACAUGGGGCUAAGCCAUAUCAGCAUGCUAAGCUGAUGGGAUGGGCAAUGGAUGGCUUCAAAAUAUUUUCUUAUCAAGAUGUUGGAGGAGCAGCACCUGUUGUUGAUCAAUGUGGUGGACACUUUGGACCUACUGAUACUGGUGAGAUUGAAUACCACUACCACAGUAGACAGAUAGUACCUUACCACCUCGCUUGUCAAGGGCCCUCACUGGGUAACUGUAAAUAUACACAAAGAGGAACAAACUACUGUCAUCCUGGGUGUGGUGCCGAGGUUUGUGUUCAACCUGGAACUACUGAAGCUGCCCUGAGAGCUUACCUUGCUAAAUGGGAUCCUACAUGGUUAGACAAGUACUCAACAAACGAUUACAAACCGAAAGAUCAAGAACCCAGACCGCCGAAGAAAGAAGAUAACGAGAUUGGAAAAGCUUUGAAAAAAUUGCUAGAUAACAUAUUUGAGUCUUCGUCGUGAUCAUAGGACUCUAUAAAAUAAAAUUCAUCUGUUGAUAUCAUAUUAUGUGAAGUAUCAGUCUACAUCCAACUUUUAAAUGUUGAAUAGGUAAAAGAGCCAUUCAAUCUAUGAAUACCAGUUUUAAUUUCAUAAAGUUGUAACGAGCAUUUUUACGGCCAUACAAUCUGGUUGCCCUGUAGUUCUGUAGUUGUUCUUUAAUUUAUUUUCGUCAAAUAUUUAGUCUAGUGAACUGUUUAUAAUAAAAAUCGAAAGAAUUUUUUUCAAAAUACUUGUGAUUACUGUAUAAUGCUGUGAUCGAUGAAAAAUUAAAUGCAUAUAUUUUUUUUCGAUCUGCAGCAUGAUCUUAAAUUUUUGUUUAUGAAUGAUCGACUUUUAUUUUUACUAUUAUCUUGUUAAAAUUUUGUAAGUUAAUUUCGAUUAAAAGCUUAAUAU